CCCGCCGCCCGGCAAGGGCAGGAAGGCGAAGCGGGGAGCCGCGGCGGGCAGCGGCCAUGCGGCGGCGGCGCUGGCCCGCGUCGGCCACACGGACAGCAGCUCCGACCUCUCCGACUGCCCCUCCGAGCCGCUCUCCGACGAGCAGCGCCUGGCCCCGGCCGCCAGCAGCGACGCCGAGUCCGGCACCGGCUCCAGCGACCGGGAGCGGGAGCCGCACGCCGCUCAUCCCGCCGCUCAUCCCGCCGCCGAGCAGCCCCGCGCCGGCCACGGCCCCGGCCCCGGGCGCGGAGCUCCGCCGGCCCUCGGCUCCCGCGGGGAUGCGCUGCCUGCGGCCACGGGCGGGGGGAGAGCCCCGAGCCGUGGGGAGCCGCCGCCGGCAGCCCCGGAGGAGCUGCAGCGGGAGGUGGAGGAGCUGCGCUCGGAGAACGAGUACCUCAAGGAUGAGCUGGAUGAACUUCGGGCUGAAAUGGAAGAAAUGCGUGACAGCUAUUUAGAGGAAGAUGUUUACCAGCUGCAGGAACUCCGGCGAGAGCUGGACCGGGCAAACAAGAAUUGCCGCAUUCUGCAAUAUCGUCUCAGGAAAGCUGAACAGAAAAGCUUGAAAGUUGCACAAACAGGCCAUGUGGAUGGAGAGCUCAUUAGGAGCCUGGAACAAGAUUUAAAGGUAGCCAAAGAUGUUUCUGUCAGACUGCACCAUGAACUGGAGAGUGUGGAGGAGAAACGAGUUAAAGCAGAAGAUGAAAAUGAAGUCCUUCGGCAGCAAAUCAUUGAGGUGGAAGUAUCCAAGCAGACUCUGCAAAAUGAGCUGGACAAGUUAAAAGAGAGUUCCCUGAAGAGGAGAGGCAGCAGAGAAAUCCACAAAGAAAAAAAGACAUUUACCCAGAAUUGCAAAACGGAGCUUCUUGGAAAAUACCAGGCACCAGGCAAAACACAAAGAAAAGUGGUUCUCCAGCGCAAGGAGGACAGUGCUGAUUUGAAGUGCCAGCUCCAGUUUGCCAAAGAGGAGGCAGCGCUGAUGCGUAAGAAGAUGGCCAAACUGGGCAGGGAAAAGGACGAACUGGAGCAGGAGCUCCAGAAGUACAAGUCCAUCUAUGGAGAUGUGGACAGUCCCCUGCCUACUGGGGAAGCAGGGGGCCCACCCAGCACCAGGGAGGCUGAGCUGAAGCUUCGUUUGAAGCUGGUGGAGGAGGAAGCCAACAUACUGGGCAGAAAAAUAGUGGAACUGGAGGUGGAGAACAGGGGGAUUAAAGCUGAGAUGGAGGAUAUGAGGUGCCAGUAUGAAAAAGAGUGUCUCAGCAGGGACCACAUUUCAAGCAUUCCUACCUCGCCCUACGGAGACUCUGUGGAGUCAGCCACAGAGCUACGCAGGCACCUGCAGUUUGUGGAAGAGGAAGCAGAGCUGCUGAGGAGGUCAAUCUCUGAAAUUGAGGAUCACAACAAGCAGCUAACGAAUGAGCUGAACAAAUUCAAGUUCGAGCCGGGCCAGGAGCCAGGCUGGUUGGAUGAUGCAGCAUCCAAGGGUGGUGGGACCUUGCAAGAGGAGCUGAAGUCGGCCAGGUCACAAAUCAAUGAGCUGAGUGGGAAAGUGAUGAAGCUCCAGUAUGAGAACAGGGUCCUGAUGUCCAACGUCCAGCGUUACGAUCUUGCCUCUCACCUGGGCCUGCGCACUUCCAGCCCCAGGGACAGCGACGCCGACAGUGAUGCUGGGAAAAAAGAGAGUGAUAGCGAAGAUGGUCGUCCACCACAGCCAAAGAGAGAGGGGCCCAUUGGGGGCGAGAGCGACUCGGAAGAAGUCUAUGAGAAGACGUCGGGUUUUGGGAGUGGGAAGCCAUCAGAAGUCAGCGACCUGUGCUCCACCGAGCUGAUGAGAGUGAAAGAGGACACCGAGUCAUUAAUUAACAUCAAACGCGAGGCUGAGCGACUGGAAAGGACUGUGGAGCGCCUUAUCACCGAUACAGACAGCUUGAUUUACGAUGCAAAGGUGCACGUAACCAGCAGCCCAUCCCCUGAGCAGGAUUUCAGAAGUGGUGAGGAAAGGGGAGAAGAUAAGCAUGAGCCAGAGCUUCUGGACACUGUCAACUCCAGGAUGAAAGCUUUCCGGAAGGAGCUUCAGACCUUCCUGGAAAAGGUUGAUCACAUUGGAGAGGGCCUUAAGGAGCAAAUGGAGGACCUCUCCCCCCUUCCCCAUCUCACAGAGUCUUCCAGUUUCCUAUCCACAAUGACCUCCAUGUCCCGUGACUCUCCCAUUGGUAACCUGGGGAAGGAAUUGAUCACUGACUUCCAGUCCAAACUGAGGGAUCAGAUGGAGUGGCAGCUCAAACAAGAUCGUGGAGAGGAGCAAGAGAUUCGCCACCAGCGAGCCACCACCGACCCACACCGCAGAGCUGAUGGAGACAUUAAACUCUACAGGCCAGGAGACAAGGGCUGUUUCAGUCUAGAGAAUGUAUCGAUACAGGAGCUUCAGGCUCAGCUUGAGCAGGAGACAAGACUUCACCGAGAGGAACAAGAAAAGUUUUCAGAAAGGAUCAUCCAGCUGGAGGAGGAGCAUAUGCAGACCCUGCGGAGAAAAGACUUGGAAGUGCAGAGCUUGACUUUGCAGAACAAACUGGAGGAGAAGACCUGGAGUCAGGAGAAAAAUCUGCUUCAGCAGGAACUCAGGCAUUUCAAGCAGGACACCUUUCUCCUGUAUGUCAAACUGAAGUGGCUGCUGAAACACUGGCGGCAAGGCAAGCGAAUGGAGGAGGAAGGGGAGGACACAUUGGAGAUCGAGCACCCUGAGGCCCUCCCAGACUUCAGCAUUCAGCCUGAGCAGAAGGCAAAUGAUGCAGAACGAGAGGAGGAGGAAGAGGAUGUUGUGUUUUCACUGACAGAUUUCUCCCAGCAUCCCACCAUGGAGAGCACUGAUCAUGGACCACAGCUGCAGACUGCAGAAUUACUGCAGCAGCAGAAGCAGGCAAGUGAAAACCGGAAGCUGCUGAAUGCUCUGAAGGGUUUGCUGGAUGAGUUCCGCUCGGAGCUGCGGGACGAGGAGCGCGAGCGCCAGGGGCUCCAGCAGCAGUAUGCCCUGCACAAGGCAGCCUGGGAGGUGGAGAUCACUGAACUCAAGUGUCGCCUCCAACAGCUGGAAGGGAAGAGUGAGAACACCUCUGGAGAAGCAGGUCUCGGCUCAGAUGCAAAGGGAGCUUUUAAAAGGGAAAGAGAGGAGCACAAGAAGCUUCUGGCUGACAGUCACAGUGUGGUGAUGGACCUCCGCUGGCAAAUCCAGCACAGUGAGAAGAACUGGAACCGGGAGAAGGUGGAGCUCUUGGACAGGCUUGAUAGAGACCGGCGAGAAUGGGACCGUCAAAAGAAGGAGCUGCUCAGGCGGAUAGAGCAGCUCCAGAAGGAAGCGAGCCCACGGAGAGGAGGCGGUUUGAUGUGUGACCAGAGCGAGAGCAGCCGCCGGCCGUUUACGCCGCAGGCGAACCUCCGCGUGCCCCGCUCCAUGGGGUCCAGGUCCUACUCUGAUUCCGACACCAUUCAGUUUGACGAGCGCUCACUGUCCAAGCUGAAGGAGAGCGACCGGUGCAGUGCCACGGAAAACCUCUUUCUGGAAUCGCUGUCCCUCGACUCCCCCGACGAGCCUGAUGAGCAUCGCUCUCGGCAGCUGGAGCGGGAGAAAUUCUUGACUGGACUAACAGAAGAGGAAGAAACACACAAAGGAAAUCUUCAAAGGGCAAUGUCCGUUUCUUCCAUGUCCGAAUUUCAGCGCCUGAUGGAUAUUUCUCCAUUUCUACCAGAAAAAAAUUUGCCUUCAUCUGGCAGCAAAGAUGAUAUAACACCUCCCUUGUCUCCUGAUGACCUGAAAUACAUUGAGGAGUUCAACAAAAACUGGGAUUACAGUAACACUAGGACCCAUGGUGGGGCAACUGAGAAGCCUGCAGAGGGUUGGGCAGAAAGGACAGAAAUUGGAAAAGCUGGCAGUGAUCCUGCUUCAGAUCCAUUCCAGGCAUCCUCAUGGUACCUCACCACCAGUGUCACUAUGACCACCAACACCAUGACCAGCCCAGAGCACUGCCAGAAGCAGCCAACGAGGAGUCACAGUGUUGCUGACAAAAUGGGAGUGCGGGUAUUUCACAGCCCACCAGUUGUCCGUAGGUUCGAUAACCCAGUGAUAGCUGGCAGUGAAGGGAAAAACCAGGCUGAGCCAGACUUCCUGUUUUCUGUGACCAAAGCUAUGGGGAACGUCACUGAGACAAAAGGUGCUUCCUCGGACAUGUUUGGAAGGUGGUCUUGUGACCUGGCCAAACACCAUAAGGAUUUUCUGGAGAACGGUCUUCAUCCCAUUGAACGUCCUAUUUGCACUACUGUGGGCUUUGCCUCACCCUUGCACAGCUUGGAGAUGUCCAAGAACAUGAGUGAUGACAUGAAGGAGGUCGCUUUCUCUGUCCGGAAAACAAUACGCUCCAACUCCACGGAGCCUCAGUUCAAGGACACGGCGUGCCAAACCAACGGCAUGAGAACGACAGGGACACAGACCACCCAGACCAUCAGCGUCGGCUUGCAGACGGAAACGCUGCGCAGUAUCACCAGCAGUCCACACAAGUGUCUGACACCAAAGGGGGGGUCCACGCCUGUCUCUUCACCAUCCAGAAGCCUCAGAAGCAGGCAGGUGACCCCCGUCAUUGAAAAGGUCCAGGCUAAGUUUGAACGCACAUGCUGCUCCCCCAAAUACGGCUCUCCAAAGCUGCAAAGAAAAGCCCUUCCCAAACCUGACCAGCCAAAUAACCGGACCUUGCCUGGCACACCUCAGAAAGGAUUCAGUGAGUCCGCUUGGGCUCGAUCAACUACCACACGGGAGAGUCCUGUCCACACCACUAUCAACGAUGGCCUGUCCAGUUUGUUCAACAUCAUUGACCAUAGCCCCAUCUUUCAUGAGACCUUCCAAAAAUGCCCCAGAUCUGGCAGCCGGUCCAGGUCAGCAGAACCCAGACCGGAACUGGGCACGUUGCAGGAGCCAUGUACAAAUGCCCGUGGCAGAUCACCCAGUCCUCUCCGUCUGGGGACAGAGACACAAAAGGAAGAAGGAUCUGAGGUGACAAGUAUCAGGCAGGACUUAUCUGCUCCUCCAGGGUACACACUUGCAGAAAAUGCUGCCAGGAUCUUGAAUAAGAAACUUUUGGAGCAUGCCUUAAAGGAAGAGAGAAGGCUACCUUCACACAGCCCACCAAAUCUUAGCAAUGACAACAGCACAGGAGAAAUUGUCAAAGUAGAUCCAGGGUCCAUAGAGGAACUGCCUUGUUCUGCACUAGCCCCGUCCCUCCAACCCUGCUUCUCCCGGCCAGAGAGACCAGCGAACCGGCGCCCACCGUCACGAUGGGCCUCACAUUCCCCUACUGCCUCACAGUCGCAGUCCACCGGAGACCUGACUUCCUCAGAGGAGUGCGGAAGCAAGGAGCUGCUGGCAGAGACCCCCAGCCAGGGAGGCGAGCCGGCCUGAAUCCGCACAGGAACAGGGCGGGCCACCGCUCGCCUCCGCCAGGUCGCCCGCCAGCCGUCUCUGCCACGAAGGAGGGAGGUCCGCUUGGAGAGGUCAAAGAAUGUUCUCAGACACAGCUGCUGAAUGUGCAACCUGGGAAACAGAGGUGUUUCUGGAAUGAAACAGUUAAUGUGCCUGUAAUAACUUAAUUUUUUUCAUAGCUGAGAAAACUAUUUUUGUCUCCAUCUUUUCUACAUACAGUAUAUUAACAAAAACAACAAAAAAAAGGGGUUAAAAUGAUAUAAAGUAAGAUUUAAAAUAAAAUGUAAAUUAAGUUUUAAGGGAAUUUGAAUACGUGCUCGCGCUCUCUCCAAAUACUGACUGCCUUUUGGUUAUAUUUGCACUGUUACGUUUUCAGUUUUGGUUUUGGGUAUUUUGGGUUGGUAUUUUUUUUUAAUUUCAUGUAAAACUAGGGUCUUAAGUUAAUUUUAUUCUAUUUUAAUGUCAGUGUUAUCAGUUUUUAAAGGUAAGGUUCUUAAAGAUGCUUCAACUGUCUGAAGCGAUACCUUUUAAGCAGUGAAGAAAGCCAUUAAGCUCGUUCACUAGACUUGUAAUUAAUUGAGAUGGAGGGGAAUACAGGUAAACACAAGUAAAUGUGUAAAAAAAAAAAAAAAAGAAAAGAAUGCCUCAGAAAGUCUUACAGAGUUAGCUGUAAAAUACACCUACAAUACUUGACUUGCAUGCCUCUGGGUCCUCGCACUUUAGUGCAUGUACAUAUUGCUACUGUACCAUCACAUAAAUGUGGGUCAAUCUGUUUCACUGUAAUAUUGUUGUGAAUUUACCUGUACUGUACUUUUAUUGUUGGUAUUCUUGCAUUGACUAUACAAAAAAGAGUUUUUAAAUUAUUGUUAGCAGUUCAACUGGCUAUGUACAGCGUUUACUGAGAACUUCCUUCGUUUUGGAAAAACCAUGGAAAUCUCUGGGCAUACUAAAUUGUAACUGGUCUUGUUUAAGAGUCUGUUUGAGACCAUGUGAAGUGGAAAUAAAACCCUCAGUAUUUACAA